AUGGUUUUCGAACGCCUGAAAUCGACUGUCACGACCAAAGAUGGCAUUGAAUGGUACUACGAGCAGGAGGGCGUAGGUCCUCAUGUGGUACUCAUCCCGGACGGUCUGGGCGAAUGCCAGAUGAUGGACAAACCGAUGUCACUGAUUGCCUCGGCAGGUUUUACGGUCACAACAUUCGACAUGCCAGGCAUGUCCAGGUCGAGUAAUGCCCCAGUGGAGUCAUACAAGGGAGUCACUGGGCAUAAGCUUGCAACACAACUCGACACUCUCAUGGAGCACCUAGAGAUCGCAAAGGCUUCUUUCUGGGGCUGCAGCGCAGGGGCACUCGCUGUCCUUGGACUCUGUGCUCAUUAUCCAAGCCGUGUCCGCAAUGCGAUGCCCCACGAGGCACCGCUACAUCUGAUGGAUCAGCUCAAAGACCUCCCAUCUCUAGACGAUGAGACUCUCAUCGCAAGCAUGGCCGCAAUUUCAAAAGCCUCUUGCAGAGAUGACGAAGCCUGGAAUUCCUUGGGACCGGAAGUGCAUCAGCGACUUCGCAGGAACUUCAUUCGCUGGGCGCAUGGCUAUAUAUCCGAUUUGACUUUGUCGCCACCGAUUGAGACUGAGAAUUUACGAAAGCGACCUAUCUCGUGGACCGUUGGUGCCGAUUCGCCCAUGUUCAUGUUCUUCAGCAACGUGGUCACCGCCACCAAAGCGGACAUUCCGAUCAAGACGCUUCCUGGCGGGCAUUUCCCGUACGUGUCACACCCAGAACAGAUGUCCAAGCACAUCGUUGAGGCGACUCGGUCUCACCUGCCGUAG